AUGAGAAUUAUAGAUAAAAUAACAUAUUUAUAUAAAAAAUUUAUAAAAAAGAAGACAAAUAAUUCAGAAGAAGUAAAUUUUGAUAAAUUAGUAAAUGAUAAUGUAGAAGAGUUAAAAAUUGAAGAUAAAGAAGAAAAAGAAAAAUUAAAAAAAAAAUGGAGAGAUAUCUUAAUAAAAAAUUCAGAAAAAUAUGGAAAAGUUUCCAAAGGAAAUAAAGUAAAAAUUUAUAAUGAUGGAUUGUCAGCAUUUAGUGAUAUAUUAAGGUCAAUUGAUAAAAGUAAAAAAAGAGUAUGGUUUGAAUCAUAUAUAUUUGAUGAUUCAAGAUUAGCUGAAAUAAUUGUUAAUAGUUUAUGUAAUGCAUCAAAAAGAGGAUGUGAUGUAAUUUUAUUAAUUGAUUAUAUUGGAAGUUUAAAAAUGAAAAGUAAAUGGGUAAACAAGCUUAAAGAAAAUAAUGUAAACAUUAUCUUUUUUAACACUUUUUUAAAUUCAUUUCUAAAUAUGUUACCAAUUUUUUUUCGAGAUCAUAGAAAAAUAAUUAUAACAGAUAACUGUGCUUACUGCGGUUCAAUGAACGUAUCAGAAAAUGUAAUACCAAAUGAAAAUUUUGAUAAAAAGGAGAAUGGGGAAAAAAAAAGUAAAUGCUUAGAAUAUUAUGAUUUGCAUAUGAAAAUUAAAGGUCCAUCAGUAAAAGAUUUGGCAGAUGUAUUUCUUGAUUCAUUAAAAAUGACAAAAAGUUCAAUUAUUAGGAAUCCAAUAGAAAAGCAAAAAAUGUAUUUUAGUGACGAUUCCUGUUUUAUACAGGUAUUAGAAUCUAAUGUUCUUAGAAAAGUUAAAUCUAUUCAAUUAACCUUUGAUUAUAUUAUAAAAAAUGCAGCAUAUAAUAUUUAUAUUACUACUAGCUAUUUUCUGCCUCCUGGAUUUUUAAGAAGAGCUUUAUUUUCUGCUUUAUCCAAUGGAGUUAAUAUUUCUUUCCUUUUUUCAGGGAAUUCAGAUGUAUAUGGUGAUGUCCCUGCUACUUAUUAUAUAAUGAAAAAAUUUUUAAAAAAAUUUCAUAAAAAAAACUCAACUGGUGAAUAUAAUAAAAUUCUUAUAAAUUAUUUAAAUUUACGUAAAAAUUUAUAUUAUCAAAAUUUUAUAAGAAAUCCAAAAAAUAUACAUCAAAAUAAAAAGAAAAAAAAUAGAGGUACUAAUAAAUUUUAUUUUUUUCAAAAAAAACAUUGUCAUGCUAAAAAUUUAGUUGUUGACAACCUUUGGUGUGCUAUUGGAUCAUUUAAUUGGGAUAGGUUCUCAUCAAGAAGAAAUUUAGAAGUUAUGAUAUCUAUUUUUGAUAAGAAAGUUUGUGAUCAAUUUAUAAAAGAGCAUCAAAAUAAAAUAAAAGAUAAUUCAAUCGAAAUUACUUUACCUCAUAUAACAAACAGAAACGUUUUUCAAAUUCUUAUGAGUUAUUGUGCUUAUCACCUUGGAAAGUUAUCAGGAAGAAAUAUCUUUGAUGGAUUAUCUAAUAAUAGCAAAAAAACGAUUCUAAGAAAAGCUUUAAUAAAUAAAUAUUUAAAUGAUAAUUGCAUUCAAAAUAUAUCUUUAAACAUGAUGUGGGGAGUUUAG